AUGGCCAAAUUAAUGGACAAACAACACACCUCCAUCUUCACACAGCUUCGUGGAACCAGAGGCUACGUCGCUCCGGAAUGGAUCACAACCCUCGCCAUUUCCGACAAGAGUGAUGUCUACAGCUACGGCAUGCUUCUCCUCGAGAUAAUCGCCGGUAGGAAGAGCUACGACGCCGAUUAUCCGCCGGAGAUGGCGCAUCUCCCGUCCUACGCGACUAGGAUGGUGGGGGAGCAAAAGGGGUUUCGGGUGUUGGACUCAAGAGUGGCGGGGGAGGCAGAGGGUGAUUGGCGGGUGGAGGCGGCAGUGCAGGUGGCGGUGUGGUGUGUCCAGGAGGAGCCAAGUCUACGGCCGCCGAUGAGGAAGGUGGUGCAGAUGCUAGAAGGGGUUAGUCCGGUGCCAAUGCCUCCGUGUACGGCGGAGAUGGGGGCGAAUUUCUGGUGGAGCAGUGAUGGAUUGGGAAUGAAAUUGAAUGGGUGUUAUAGUGAAGUGAGGUUAUCGGAUGUUCGAUUGUCGGGGCCUCGAUGA